AUGUUCGGCAAGACUCUCGCUCUUCUCGCCUUGACGGCUCUCGCAGAAGCAUCUGGAGGAUGUCCCGCCAUCUGGUCGACCAUUGCAUCAGAUCUCUCUAAAUCUUUCAUUGGCUUCAAUGGAUGCACCGAUCUUGCGCGAGGUGCCAUUCGUUUCGCUUUCCAUGAUUCUGGAUCGUAUUCGUCAAAGACUCCUGCCUACCCCCCUGCCACUGGCGGCGCCGAUGGAUCUCUUCUUUUGAGCUCUGUAGAAGUCUUUCGAGACGAGAAUGCUGGCCUUCAGCAGUAUUACUUCUUCUUGCGCGGAAAGUACGACCAGUACAAGUCUCAAGUUGGUGCUGCAGACUUGGUCCAGUUCGCUGCGAGUGUGGCGAUUGUCAGCUGUCCUGGAGGUCCAAAAGUGCAGACUGUUGUCGGUCGCAAAGAUACAAGUACUGCAGCACCCGAUAAUUUGUUGCCAAAAGCUUUUGGUCCAGGCGCUGCUCAGCAAGUGUUGAUUCAGCUCUUCGAGGACAAGGGCAUCAGUCAGCCUGAGCUUGCUGCUUUGAUCGGUGCUCACACCGCGUCCAAGGCUGUAGCUCAGGAGCAAUACGGUGUUCCUUUCGAUGGACCCCAAGACUCUACCCCGGGCCAGUGGGACGUGACAUACUACUCCGAGACAGAUACCCGCUCCAAGGGCGUCUAUAGCUUCGAGUCCGACAUCAACCUCUCAAACCCCAAUGCAACCGUGGGUCAAGUAUUCCAGAGUUUCGUCAACAGUCAGAGCAAGUGGACUGCAGCCUUCGCACCUGCGAUGGCUCAUCUCAGCGUCCUUGGUAUCCCUGAGUCAGAUCAGGCCAACUUUAUCGACUGCACAAGCGCAGUACCAUCAGGAUUCAAUGCCAAACUUAUUCGCGCAGCUCCCAUCAACGAUAGAAUCAGAUAA